AUAAAAAGAUGGGGGGGAGCAAAUUAAUUUACUACUACUCACUAAGUCCCCCAUUUGAACUCUUUAAAGAAGAAGAAGAUUGAUAAUAUACAGAGCAAAUAGCAAUUAAUUAUCAUUAUUAUACGAAGUAAAAAAAAGAUGAGGAAACAGUACCAGGGAGUGUCUAUAAUGCCCUUAUUGUUUCUUCUUGUGGUCUUAGCUUUGAGUGUGAAAACCAUCAAAGGGCAUAAUAACAAUAAUGGAAUGGUGAGGGUCAACGGCACGCAGUUGAUGUUGAACGGUAUCCCGUUUAAAGUCAAUGGUUUCAAAGCUUACUGGCCGUUGUUCGCGGCGGCGGAGCCUUCCCAGAGAGCCAAAGUCGGCGCCGUUUUUGACCAGGCAAGGACCCACGGUCUCAAUGUGUUAAGGACUCUGGCUUUCGGGGAAGGGGGGAAAAACCACCCCCCGCUCCAGAUCGAACCAGGGCAUUACAAUCAGACCAUAUUAGAGGCGCUGGAUUAUGUGGUUUCGGCUGCCGGGGAGAGGGGUAUAAAGGUCAUUUUGAGCUUGGCGGACAAUUGGAAGGACUAUGGGGGGAUGAUUCAGUACGUGGAAUGGGUACAUGGUGUUGGAAAGAAUUUGAGCGCCGAGCUUUUCUUCAGUGAUUUUAAAGUCAAACAACACUUCAAGAAUCAUGUUAAGAAAUGGAUUGAAGAAAUGGCUAACUUCACCAAAACCAUUGAUGAGAACCAUCUUCUGGAAAUUGGACUUGAAGGCUUUUACGGCCAGCAAAACCCCAAGAAAAAUCUGGGAUCCAACGACGGAUUUCACCAAUUCGGGACCGACUUCAUUCGAAACAAUCAGAUCCCAGGAAUCGAUUUCGCAACUGUUCACGCAUACCCCGACGCAUGGUUAGGCAACAAGACGAGUGAGGAAGAACAGCUCUCAUUUCUGAAGGCAUGGAUCGACGUCCACUUUGAGGACGCGAAAGAGAUUCUCAAGAAGCCCAUACUUGUAGCAGAGUUUGGGAAGAGCAGUAAAGAUGAGGGAUUCACCGCCGACAAGAGGGACAAAGUAUUUACCACAGUUUACUCUGCCAUUUCCAACACCACGAGGGUAGGGGGCGCGGCUGCCGGCGGGUUGUUCUGGCAACUGUCGAUAGAAGGCAUCCUGGAUGCCUUCUAUGAUGGGUAUCAUGUCAUCUUAAACCAGAGCCCCACGACAGCCGAGGUCAUCAAACAACAAUCGCGCGUGAUGGGCACUCUUUAGAUGAUGAAGUGAAUGGCAUGGGUUGCCAUGGGUUAUGGCGGUCAUUCGUGUGUACUACUGAUAAGUUUCGUUCUGGGUUUUCUACGGUUCUUUCCCAGAUCGUAAUAAUGAGAGUCGAACCGGAUAGAGUUAUCAGAUAUAUUCAAAUGCUUAUCAAACAUGUAUCUUAAUGAAACUAUCAGAGAAUU